AUGACACAGACACAGGUUUCAGACAAGCGAAAGGAUUACUGGUCUGCAGAGGCAUAUCAAGAAUCGGCUGCUUUUGUUCCAAAGCUGGCGCACAAAGUGUUGCAGUAUCUCAAUCCCCAACCAACGGACAGGGUGUUGGAUGUCGGGUGUGGGGAUGGGAAGUUCACCAGCAGUUUCAUUCCACACAUAAAAUCGGUGCUGGGUGUAGACGCCUCCCCUUCGAUGAUUAGCUCUGCCAAACAGCAUUAUGGCGUCCCCAAAGCCGACUUUCGAGUUGUGGAUUGCAGGUAUCUAGAUCUGGAACAGGAUAUUCUUAAUGGGGCAUGGGAUAAAGUGGUUUCCAACGCUGCGCUGCACUGGAUACUGAAAGACGCAUCCACAAGGCUCGGAGUGCUGGAAGCAAUAUAUCGGUGCCUUAAGCCAAAUGGGACCUUUGUAUUCGAAAUGGGAGGCCAUGGAAACGUCCCCGAGGUCCACAGCGCGCUGCUUGCCGCGGUGAUACAUCAGGGAGCAACAAUUCAGCAAGCACGCACCGCGGACCCGUGGUUCUUCCCAUCUGAGACUUGGAUGAGAGCGAAAUUGGAGGAGAUUGGCUUUCGCGUCGAGAAGCUGGAAGUCGAAUAUCGGCCCACCAGACUUACCGCCGACGCAAAUGGCGGUCUUGCCGGGUGGGUGCGGUUAAUGGGAUCCGAGAUUCUAGACAUUGUGGAUGCGGACCGCAGAGAGGCUGCGGUUGAGGAAGUCUCUCAGCGCCAAAUCGAAUGGCGACUUGUGAAGUAG